CUAACCUCCUGGUGGCCUGGUGGGCAGGCAUCUCAUGACUAUCACACACAUGUGCCUCACCUAAUCCAUCCUACAGUAUAUACCAAUCAGAGAGCAUAUAUAGUAUAUCCAGUCUACACCGGACGUCCUAGUAACUUCGACGCAUGAGGCAACCCUCGACCCGCCGAAAUCGUCGUCCCCUGCCUAUCCCCCCUUGCUCCUUGCCCCCCCCUGCAACUCUCCUCUUCAAUCUUCAUCUCAUCCUCUAAAUCGAUGUAUCGCUAAUCACCCGACAUGUCCCUCUCUUCCAUCUCGGACUUCGAUUCCGACGCUGGCGACAUCUCCCUCUCCGUCCCUUCUUCCUCCAACUCCAUCUUCCUUUCCACCUUUGCUCCUCAUGAACCCUCUCGAUUACCUUUCCAAACCCAUCAUCCCACUGGUAAACUGCACCCCAAUCCUCUUUUACACCCUAAUGAAACCGUUUCCCCUACCCCUUUGGCAAAGCCUAUGACAGCUGUGGACGAAGAUGAAGUCUCUACACCCCGACCAUGGCUGCCUAAACCUCAGCAUGUAGAAGAGGACAUGGACCCUGUGACACCGACCAAAUUUACUCGUCAAUUCUCGGGAUCGCUAGGACGAAGUAAGAGUCUGAAUAUUCGUCUACCCUCAAUCGAUCUGCCUGUACCGGGACCAGUCUCCUCUUCUUCUUAUGAACCCAAAGAAAGGAUGGCUUGGAAUAGAAGACCAGGUGAAGCCAGACCACCACCGUUACUUGAUGAUGAUCUGGGAAGGAGGAUGGGAAGAUGGAUUCAGGAGAUCGUGGUGUGUAAUUUCGAUCUGGAGAGAGGUCCUGUAGUUGAGAGAAGAGCUGUGGGUAGACGUUGGGGUCCAGGAGAGAAAGAGAAUGUGGCAUUCUCAAGUUUCCCAGAUACUAGUCUUUUCGCAGAAGGAAACAUCAUGUUUUCAUUCAAGAUUCGUCAUAUCCCACCAGAUCCCGCUUCUUUAUCCCAACCCGAACCAGUAUCACCUAUGCCUGAUCGUGUAGCCUCGAUGGAGGCUAAUUUCCAAGGUAUGAGCAUGGAACAAGGAAGUACAGUUCCAAUGGAAACCCCUGCGGCAGGGAGUGCUGGUAUGAGUAAAGGUGAGAAGGCAGAGGAAUAUCGAAAGUGGGACGAAAGAGGAAGAGAGUGGUUAUAUGGGUAUGUGUGGUUUGAACAGCGUAAAGAUAAAGAUCUGGUCAGGGGGUAUAUGCAGAAAUCCCUUGUCAUCCUUACUCAUCUACCCUUUCCGUCCCUCUUCUUCACCAUACUUGAGCGCAUUGGCCCACCGUUCUUCCAGCAUGGUUACAGUGCUUUGGAAGCCGCAUGUCAUAGUAUAGCUACUUGGCAGGAUCCCAGUCCCAACGCGUUAUUGGAAUUACCGUUGAUGUCGGACGUAAUCACUUGUCAACUACCGGACACAGGGGAGUCCCCUCAGGUGGGAAACAUUAUGGGCCUGUCAUCACCCGAAAGACCUAUUCUCGUGACUCUGCCUCAAACCUCUCCUCUCCGUGCUCUAGCGCCUGUGCUUCCCUCCCUUUGGUCCAUAUGGGAAUGUCUCAUCCUAGCUGAACCUAUCCUCGUCAUCGCUCCCGAUCCAAAAACAUGUUCAGAGAUAGUCUGGUGGCUACGAGAUCUCAUACGACCCAUUCCUCCAGCUGGAGAUUUCAGACCAUAUUUACAUAUACACGAUCAUGAUUUUGCUUUAUUGGUCAAUUCCAACAAACCUCAGGCGGGAGUGGUAGUGGGGGUCACUAAUCCCUUUUUCCGCAAUGCCGCCUCUCAUUGGCCCAACGUCAUCUCUCUUCCUACCCCUUCCCGAAGACCUCUUCCCUCCUCGACCUCCGGUGAUUUUCCUCGACCUGAUCAACCCGUCGGGUUCCUCUCUCGACGUCAUCGUUCCGUCCAGAAAGAUCGUCCUCUCCUCAAACGUCUACAAGCAUUGGUAGACGAAGGAAAUCUGGAUGAACCAUCCGCCAACGAAGCUCUCCGAACUCAUUUUCAACAAUUGACAGAUAAGAUGUUAGUUCCCCUAAAUCGAUAUUUUCAGACUCUCGUCCCUACACUUUCUCCUAGUCCUUCCAUCUCCCCUGGAUAUAUACCAACUCCUUUUACCCCCUUGUCCACUUCGUCCACACCGGGUGGUGGUGGAGGAACAGAAACUCUGAAACCAUUCUCUCUUCCUAAUUUUUUGACACAUCUCAAAAGUCAUGGUCCUAAUCCACUUUCCUUUCGGACUCGAGGAUUAUCAAGUAAAUCAAGAGUCGAAGGAGAUUUCUAUACCAGCUUCUGUAUGUCUCCAACAUUCGCAGGAUGGCUAUCCGCCAGAGUUGAGAAGAUGGGUAUAGCAGUUGCCAACACUAGGGGAGAUCCUAUUCUUUCAACUUCGGGUAGCUGGCUCACUCAUCUCGCUCCACCACCAUCUGGCGUCAGAAGAAGUUCGGCACCAGGUGUGGGAUUAGGUUUCAAUCUUCCUCCUGGGGUGAAGGUCUCGGCGGUCGCAGCUGUGGAGAGAAUACAAGGAGAGGGAAGUGUGAGAGAAGAAGUAUCUGGGAGUGAGGAUGAUUCUUCUGCUUCGGGUUGGAGGGAAAGUGACGAGUCUAACAGGGAUGUUUUAGGUGAUCAAUAUUAUUUGAGAAGGGUUAGUGAAGGAGCUGUCAAGGUAUUGAGGAAGGAAGGGUGA